UGUCAUUUUUCUUAUUACGUGAAUUUUGUUGCUGUGGAGGUUGGAACUUUGAAAUUUUCAUUCCCUAACUUUGCAGAGUUAUUUUCAUAUGUUCUCUUGUGUAAUAUAUUAAGAUGGAUGGUAUAUCUAGCUACAGUGCAUUUCUAGCGGCACAUAAACCACAACUAGUGCUCUCUGGCGUACCAGAGCAUUUCUGGCCAAUUUUGUGUAAGAAACUUAAAGAUCAAAUAUUCGACUCUGGUACAUCGUUUCAGUUGGUGAAAAUUGACUAUGAAGAUAUUGAAAAAGAACCAUACGACCCUCUAUGGAGCGUGAUUGCAAUUAGGGAUAUAGAUAGAACAGAUUCCAGUAAUAUUUAUCUCAUUGAUCAUGCAUGGACUUUUAAAGCGAACAGCAUUCGAAAUAACCUAAGAAACGUGCCGGAUCUUCUUGAAAGAAUGUGUAAUCUCAUGCAAAUUACUUCAGUAACGAUGGAGGAGCAAAUAGAUGAGGUGACAAGUAAUAUUUGGAAAUAUGCCAACACAUAUACUGUUGGGAGUGAAGAAUUAACUGUGGAAGAUAGAGUACCAGUGUGGUAUGUAAUGGAUGAACUUGGUUCAGGAGUCACUCACUCAGAUAAUCCAAAUUUCCGUAUGGUACCAUUUAUAAACAUCCCAGAACAACUUACUUACACUUUACUUUUUCCUAUAGAGAAUGUUGAUGAAGGGGAUAUUGUGACAAUAAAUUUUGUUGAAGGCCAAUAUUCUGAUCCCCUGCAGAGAGAGGCAAUGCUUAUUCCAUGGAAAUAUUAUGAGCACUUUGAUAAGAAUUUCAGUCAAGAUGAGCCUGAUGUAGAUUACUUUUUAUCAGGACAUAUUGUAGAAACACUUCCAGAAUUAGAACUAUUAGCAAACCAGACUCUGCCAACUAAACUCAAAGUCUAUUCAGAGUAUGAUUAUAUUAACCAAUAUUUAACUACACCUGAAUUUGAAAUAGUCAAUAAUGAAAAUGAUGCAGAUAUUCUAUGGUAUGUUAAGCAUUUUAAAACUUUUAAGGAAUUAAGUUUGAGCUCACCCCAAAAAUUUGUUAAUCAAUUUCCUUUUGAAUAUGUUAUUACUAUCAAAGAUCUUUUAGCAGUUGUUGCAAGGAGAUUAGAAAAAUCUAAUAGUGAUAGAAAUGAGCUUGAGACUUUACCAGCUUGGUUGCCAACAACAUUUAACAUGAAAACAGAACUGCCUAAAUUAGUGGCAUAUUACAUGCAAAGAAGAACCCAAGGUUUGGACAAUUAUUGGAUUUGUAAACCAUACAAUCUGGCAAGAGGUUUAGACACAUACAUUACAGACAAUUUGGACUUUUUGUGCCGUCUACCAUUAUCUGGACCCAAAAUAGCUCAAAAAUAUAUUGAAAAUCCUGUGUUAUUUGAAAGACCCAAUGUAGGAAAAGUGAAGUUUGACAUUCGUUACGUUAUUUUAUUGAAGUCAGUGAAUCCUACUGAAGUUUAUAUCUAUAAUAACUUUUUCUUACGAUUUUCCAAUAAAGCUUUUGCUAUGGAAAACUUUGAAGAUUAUGAACAACAUUUCACUGUGAUGAACUAUACUCAAGGUGCACCACUAUUCAGGUUAUUGUGUAAGGACUUUAAAGAUGCCUGGUCAAGCCAGUAUGCAAACUAUGAUUGGGCUGAAGUCGAAAAGUCUAUAUUCAAAAUGAUCUCAGAAUUAUUCACAGCUGCCACUUUAAAAGAGCCACCAUGUGGGAUUGCUAAAAGUCCACAAUCAAGAGCAUUGUAUGCUGCAGAUAUAAUGCUGAGUUGGCAGAAAUGUAAUAAAGAUGAGCUCAUACAACCUAAAUUACUAGAAGUUAACUGGAUGCCCGAUUGUCGUAGAGCUUGUGAAUACUACCCUGAUUUUUAUAAUGAUAUAUUUUCAGUACUGUUUUUAGAUAAAACUGUUAGCACAUGUACUAAGAUAUAGUAAAUCACAAAUAUCUAAGAAUGGUUUGUUAUGUCAG